AUGCAGGAUGUUGCGGGUAUAGAUGAAAAGUACAAGCAGACGAACAAGCUCCUUAUGGAUCUUCGUCUCGAGUUCGAGCAGCUCGAGGCGGCAGGAGAGAAUUCGUCCCUCUCGCUACAAGAAACGAUUCAGCUCAACCUCACGAGCCUCUCUCGAUUGCUAAAUAGCCUGGAGAUGGAGUGUCUCCCUUCCCAAAACUCCAAACGCAAGGAGAUUUGGAGAAUACGCAUUCAGCAGAUUGCUGAAGAGUACAAGGACAUGAGAAACUCGUUGGGAAGCCUACUACAAAAGAGGCGGUCAAAGGAACAGGAGGAGGAACAGAGACGACAACUGCUCGGUGAAGGCCGGAUGAGGCGACAGGCGACGUCGGUCGCGAUCGACAACCUGUAUCAGGAGUCGAAUUCGCUGGACCGGUCCAACAGGGCCGCACAGAACAUCCACGAGAUGGGGUCCUCCAUCCUCUCCUCUCUUGGCCAACAGAACGAGCUCAUCAAGUCGGCGCACAGGAAGCUGUUGGAUGUGGGUAACACGCUGGGUCUCUCGCGAUCGGUCAUGCGGAUGAUCGAGAACCGCCAGAACCUGGACAAGAUGCUCGUCUACGGCGGCAUGCUCCUCACCCUCCUCUUCCUCUUCGCCCUCCUGUACUUUUUCAAGUGGUAG